AUGGGCGACGAGAAGUCGCCGAUCAUGGCUGGCAGAGAGAGGGAGAGAGAUCGGGAGCUGCUCAUCCCGGGCGGAGAGGACGCCGCCGAUGGCUCAGAUUCCAAGGCAUCCUCCUCCAACGCCGCAUCGCCACACCACCACAACGCAGGGCGUGAGGUCUCCUCAAUUCUGGUUCCCCAGCGCUUCCUCUCUUCCGCUGAUCAGGAUGCGUUCUUUUCGAUUUUAUUAUUUUUCGUCGGAAUUGGAGCUCUCUCGGGUUCUGUUUAAUCGGUAUCUAGGGGCUGUUCUUUUAGUCAGGGAUUGUUCCACCGUUAAUGCGUUUUUAUCUGGUUUUCAGUCCGAGUGUAGGCCUUUUGGUUUCGACCAUCUGGCUUCUCUGUUCUUUGAAUUUAUUUAUUUUUUCUGAACAGUGUUUAUAACAGGCGUGCCGUACUGCAACAUUAGCGAUUGUUGUUCGAGCGGUGUCAUUUAUAAGCAAUUGACUUUUGGCGAUGGUGUUUCAUAAAUUCCUUGCAUGUAUCUUUUAUGUUCUCUCAUACUUUUCUCAAAAUGCGCCGUUUUUCCACCGGUCGAGAUUAUAAAUAUCUGUUCUAUGUCUAGAUUAUCUAGUUAGGAGUAGUCCUUAUUUCUAUUAAGCCAUUUCCUAUUUACGAGUAGUCUAUUCUUUCUUUAGGGCUCAGAUUAUUUAUUUUUAAAUUCGCGAUCGGAGGGAACGAAUAUUUUUUUCUGCUUUAUCCCUUCCCCUUUUACUUUUAUAAAGAAGGAUAUAUGCUGUUCUUGAUCAUCCUCUCUCUCACAUUUUAAAGAGGGUAGUGUACCCAGUCAUUUUGAUCGUCCUUCUUUUGAAUGAUUUGGUGAAAAAAAAUUAUAGGUUUUACCGAUGGUCCUCGAAAAAUGUUCUUGAACUGUGAAUUCCCGAACGGUGCUUUAAUGUCACACAGUUGACAGUCACAUAUUUUAUCAACUCUUCCCGUGUUGUGUACUAACUGAUUAUUUUUCUGAAUGUAGCCUAUCCUGUAAAAAGGUUUAGAUAUCAUUUGGAAUUUUCCCUUGUAAAUUAGGCUUCUCCUCUGUCCAUUUUAAUUAUUUUCAAGGUAUAAAUGUAAAAAGUAAGCCUUUUUUAGAAUAUAAUUGUGAUGUUUAAUGUACAUCAUACGGUUGAUCUAAUUUGAUUGAUGGCAACUAUGUUACAGGCAUUUUACAAAGUUAUUCGUAGCUGGGCAUCUAAGAAGUUCAUGACAGGAUGGUGAGUUUCGCCAGCAUCCUUAUUUCCUCGUCUGUCUUAACUCACCUUCACAAAUGCACGCCCAAUGAACCCGCACAGAGCGAAGGACAUAGAAACCUAAAUGCUAUGAACUUUGUUCAGGUUUCCCUAUCGUACUCUGGGAGAGCCAUUCCCCAAUUAUCAUGAAAGAAAUAUCCUGAUGCAUUUUUUCGCUUCUUUUCAAUCCAAAACAUCGUGCAUGUAAAUAUGUACUCAACGCUCUGCUGUGAUUUUCUAUCAGUUGCUUCCUUUUGUUUCUUCCUUCCAGAAAUCUAUACUUCAAAAAAAAUUCUUACAUAUUAAAAGUUCAUCUGUAUGGUAAUUAGUUUCAAAUGCAUCUUCUCUUGGAAAAGUAUGUUCAGUAAAGCGUACAGUGGAUAAAGUCUUUUAAAUACCCCAAAUGUAGCUUUUUUUUAAAAUUAGUCAAAUGUAGUUUUUUCUUUUUAUUUUUCCCCUAUGCAUACGUGGAAAAUGGGUAUACGUAAUGAUGGAAGACUGUAGUGUUCUUGCAGAAGUGAUCUAACAUGCAAACAACCAUAUAAUUCAAGGGAGGCUGUAAUGAAUUUGGGUUUUGCGAGAAAUUGUCCCUGUUCAGGAUCAAUUGAAAUAAUCUCAGGAAUAGCUUGCAGUGACUAAUCAGGCACAUAUAUUUAGUAGGGAUCUGUUGAUUUGAAAAAUUAUCUAGCAACUGUUACACAGUGGCAAUCUAGAUCCUGAGCAGCAGCACUGGCAUUUACUAGCAGUUAAGAUCAUUGUUUCGGAUAAAUCUCAUUCAUGCACUUGAGUUGGUAUCUAUCCUGCAUUUCUACAUCCGUUUUGAUCUUCUUGCCGCCUCAUCAAAUGGUAAAUUCGCAUUGAACCUACUUUAUGAUGCUCAAUAAGUGUGUUUCUUCUUUCAUUUUGAAAGUCGAAAAAUGCUGUAAUUUAUCAUAAACAGGGUUAGUGUUUUAUCCCUUGUUACUUUCUAAUUCGGGAUUCUGGAAUUCUGUACUCUUCUUAACAAUCUAAUUUGGGGGGAUCAUUAGUUGGCUCAUUUGUGCUGAUGACCAAUCUGUCAAUUCAGCAGAUGACAUGACUAUGGCUAAAUAUACAUACGUGGCAUCCUGGUUAGACUUAUAUUCUCCGCUUCUUAGACAUGAUGAGACACUUUGGCAUUCAAGUUGGCAAGUAGAUAAUCAAAGAAGACUGUGAAAGGGAGAAAAGCCAUUGGUAAUGACUAGGACUCUCAAAGAAUAUGAUAAAAACAACUUUUUUUUUGCACAAUGCGUCUGAGGAAAUGAAAGAAGAUACAAUUAGUGGGGAAGUAGAAAGGUAGAUGAGGUUGAGGAAAAGUAGGGGAGAUCUAGAAGAAGCUUAUGAGGGUUUAUGGGAUUACCAUACUUUAUUUUGGUAUAGUCAAUAAAUGAAUCCAUCAUGUAACGAAACUGAUUAUCUAUAAUGUCUGCUCUUGUCGAAUAUAGUCGGUGAGGUUUUCUUCCUUGCAAUGGGCGAAAAUAUCAAUGAAUUACCAAGCUUCUCAAUUCAUUCAUAUGAACACAUAUUAGCACCAAAAUGCUAUAUUUCGUUAGUUUUAUUCAUGUAUAGGUAAAAGUAACGAAUAAUAAACUGCAAACAUAUUGGACUCUUCAUCUGAAAUGAGGUUUCCGACCACUGAAGUAUCCCUUGAUGCUAAUGUUUUUACUCCCCACACUUGUCCCCUCUGUUGGUCCCGAAGAGAUCACAACAGGAACUGAGAGGCGCACACGUGGGGGGUGUGGGGCUGGGGGGGUGUUUGGUGGGGUAGUUGAUAUUUUCGCAUGGGUAUAAAAAGCCUUGAUUAAUUGUGUUCUUUCCAAACAUGAUGAAUUGACUCCCGUCUGUAAAAUAGGAAACCUUAACUUUUUAUGCAGCUCACGAGUAUUGUAGUGUUUCUUGGAACUCUCACUUUUUCCUUCUUUUCCACUUCCUUCUGUUAAAGAUGAUUUUGUUUCCUAAAAUUCGAGUGCUAAGUAAAAGCUAUUCAAACAAUCUCAAUUUUUCAUAAAACUUUACAACAGAUCAGUAAAACAUAAUCUCAGUAUUUUGACUAGUGAAAGAAUUUAUAUGAGUGUGUGAAAUGACUAUUUUAUCCUUAUAUAUCUUUUGUCACAUCAUUAUAUUCAUGGCUCUCAACACCCUCCUCCCCCCUUCCCCAAAGACAAACUUUUUUAGCUGAAAAUUUUGCAUAAAAAUAAUUCGCUGUAAAUUAUUCGAAGAUGCAUAAAAAGAGUGUGAGUAAAGGUUUUCUUCGUAUUUAUUGUUGGAAGAAAGACAACUUCGUAUUUUCUCAUUCAGUACAACCUUGAACUUGUUGUUAUUGUUUUCUUCAUUAUAUCUUUAAUUAUUUUUGGUUGGAUGCGUGUCUAGAAUAAAUAUAUCUAGUAAUUUCUACAUAACAUAGUUCAUUGGUUAAUUUUAUUUUCCCAUCUUGCAGUGUUAUUUUGCUUCCAAUAGCAAUCACAUUCUACAUCACCUGGUGGUUCAUUCACUUUUUCGAUGGAUUCUUCUCUCCAAUAUAUGCUCAACUUGGAAUCAACAUCUUUGGUGAGUUGAAUUUUUUUUCCCACUUUCCAUGUCGCGAGUAAAGGGAUAAGUGGGGUUUAGGGUUUUAUUUAGGGUUUAGAAAAGUCCUUAUCCUUGUAUGUUUCUAGUUUUUUAUCUGGAAUUAAAUGUAGGAUCUGUAGUAUCUUUGAAAUGUUAUAUGCCGACGAAUCUGGAUGUUACAUAUUUCUGAUUAUUGCCUUAGCUGUGAAUCGUUUCUGGCAUGUCUGCUUAGCAACCCUUGAGUAUAGAGCAAGUUUGGCGAUCUUGCUAAUUGUUCUGUGACUUGUAAAAAUGGAAAAAUUGAAGCCAGGUUCUGCUGAAUUGAUUAUGACUAGCACCAUUUGUCACCAAGUCGGGUCAAACUUGAAUGACUUUAUGUUUAUACCCCUAUUAAAGUCAACUAUUCCAUAAGGAGAAUACUUUUGAUUCAUGAAGCUUAUAUUUUUUAAUCACCAAUGUCCUCUUCUUGCAUCCUUAAUUGUCAGGACUUGGCUUCAUAACAUCCAUAACCUUCAUCUUCUUGGUCGGGAUCUUCAUGUCAUCAUGGCUGGGGGCAUCUGUCCUCAACCUUGGUGAGUGGUUCAUCAAGCGGAUGCCACUUGUUCGCCAUAUUUAUCACGCAUCCAAGCAGAUUAGUGCGGCCAUAUCACCUGGUAUUAAACUUUCUACUUCUAGUUUUAAGCGUUUAUAGUCUUCGAUGGUGUAUUUAUAUAGUGCUCAUGUUUUCUGUGUACAGAUCAGAACACGCAAGCCUUCAAGGAAGUGGCCAUCAUAAGGCACCCCAGGAUUGGUGAAUAUGCCCUUGGAUUCAUUACUUCGACUGUCCUUCUUCAGGUAUGUGAUAGUCCUCUUUCUGUACUUUUCCAGGUAUGAUCGUACCCAUGUAAUUAAUAUUAUUUACAAUUAUCCGUGAGCAUACCCCAAAAUUCUUGAACUGCUCCAUAGAACAAACAUGUCAGGGUUCAUCCUCAAUUUUGUUAUUUAUUAAAACUUUCCAUUUCAUAAUUUUAUUCAUUUACUUAUUUAUUUCUCCUGAUAGCAAACAAUUGAAUUUCGCCUUUCUUUUGCCCGUUUGUUUCCUCUUCAAGCAGGAAAUAUUUGCUCAUUUUUCAUAAAUUCCCGUUCAUCUCAUCUCUUUUACUUAACUAUGAACAUUCGGCAAUAAGUCAACUUCUUCAAACAGGAGAUAUUCUCAUUGUCUGAUCGAAGACCCAUGAAUCUCAACCCUUUUACUUAAAUUAGGAACAUUCCAUGAGAAGUUGACUUCUUGACAAGGCUACCAACCUUAUAUGCGAAACUUCUAGAUGUGGGUUUGAAUCAGUGCGCCAUUGAAAUAUUUAUGCAUGCACAUCUUAUGGAGAUUACAAAUAUGCCGAUGUGAUGAAAACUCAUCUGAAUGUAUUCUUCAUUUCCUGGCAGAGUGAGUCGGGUGAAGAGGAGCUCUGCUGUGUAUACGUCCCAACAAACCACAUCUACCUCGGUGACAUAUUCCUGAUCAGCUCCAAGGACGUCAUCCGACCAAACCUAUCCAUCCGUGAAGGCAUUGGUAAUCACCUGACAACGUUCCUACUGGUGUUUUUUUUUUUUUUUUUUCUCCGGGCCGGGCCUGGGCCUCAUCUAGCCCGGCCCAGAUCCUGGUGAAUAUCUCUCUCUCUCUCUCUCUAGGACUGGAAAAAAGCCCAGAAAAAAAUUCCUAAAGAAGUGGAAAAAAAAAAAAAAAAAAAAACCUAUAAAUUCUCCUCAUCCCUAGACUUGAUGCAACUCUCUUCUAAAUCAGGGCAUUGCAAUCCUCCUCCCCUUCUUUUCUAGAAUAUCCAUCCAUUCAUAAUAUCAUUAAAUCUUGUAAGUUUGUGUCUAAGUGAUUUCUUGAUAUUCAUCUCCAAUAACUUAUAUUUACAAACCAAGAGAAAUUAGAUGCUUGUCGCAAGAAUUACUCACAAAGUUCCUCCAGACAUCAUAACCUGAUAUUUGGAAGCUUUAGCAAAUCUCUGCAUUCUAGCAUUCCGACAAGUAUAAUUCCUUCAUACGAAUAUGGAAGGUUCUUUUAGCAUCUCAUGCCUCCGCGUACACCUGUGAGAGUGACCCUACUGAAGCCCAUUAACACCCUCACAUGCUCAUUUAUGCCCAAUUCAACCGCAAGAUUCAGCAGCAAGAGGUCAUCGUGUCUGGGAUGCAGAUUUCAGCUCCUGUAAAUGCAUUCAAUUAGAAAAAUGGCCCCAUAUUUCUUAUAAUUGAUAAAUAAGCUCUCUGAAACCGGAUUUUUCUUGGAAGGAAGUCCUUGAAAAAAAGAAGAAUAUUAGUAGAUUUCAUUUAUACCCAAUGAGCAGCAAGCUUCUUCCCAUCUUCCCUGCUGACCCGCUGGCGCUUCUAGAUAAAGAGGUCAGCGAGUCUGAGAUUUAGAUUUAAGCUCCUGUAAAUGCAGUCAAUUAGAAAAAUGACCCUAUAUUUCUUAUAAUUGAUAAAUAACCUCCCUGAAACCGGAUUUGUUUAGGAACCAAGUCCUUGAAAAAAACAAGAAUAUUGGUAGAUUUCAUCUAUACCCAAUGAGCAGCAAGCUUCUUCCCAUCUUCCCUGCUGACCCGUUGGUGCUUCUGGAUGAAGAAGGGGUCAUCUUGUCUGGGAUGUAGAUCUAAUCCCCUGUAAAUGCCCUGAAUUAGAAAAAUGACCCCAGAUUUCUUAUAAUUGAUGAAUAAAACUCCCUGAAAAAAUGGAAGUAUUUUUUGCGCAGAGAUCAUCGUUUCGGGCGGUAUGUCGAUGCCACAGGUUCUCUCCUCUGUGGGCUCCCAUUCUAUUCAAGUCUGA